UAAAUUUGAAGAAAAAAAAAAGUAUGGGUGAAAUUAAUAUAUAAAGUUGACAGAUGUGGCAACAGAUAACACGAGAGGUCACCCUUUUAACUAAUUUUUUGAAAGUGGAAAGAAAUUCAAAUGUUUGGAUCCCAGUGUUGAUUAUACUUAUUUAAUAUCAUCUGUAACUUAUGGUACAUUAGUAUGUGAAUACCAAGCACUGAUACGCAGAAUUAAAAUGUCUUCUCUUAGACAAUUAGCACGGUUUGGUGUACAUUGUACCCGCUCCUUGCUUUCCAAAUCCCUUGUGCACAAGAAUCCUCAUUUCGCAUAUUUACAUCGUUCAAAAGUAUGUUUAGAAGUUAAUGCUAUAGAAAUCAAAAUGCCAGCUUUAUCUCCUACUAUGACUGAAGGAACUAUAGUUAAGUGGUUAAAGAAAGAAGGCGAUACUGUGUCACCUGGUGAUGUUCUGUGUGAGAUUCAAACUGAUAAAGCAGUUGUGGGUUUGGAGACUGAAGAAGAAGGAAUUCUAGUCAAGAUAUUAGUACCUGAAGAUUCAAAAAAUAUUCAGUUAGGUGAAGUGAUUGCUGUCAUUGGUAGUGAAGGAAAUCUUGAAGAUUUCAAGGAUUACAAAGUUAAAAGUAUUACUACACAUGCAGCAGCUGCUGAAAAACCAGAUGUGCAUCUGACAGCCAUACCUCUUAAAUCUUCAGUUGCUGAAAGGCAGAAACCUAUCGGGCCUGCUGUGAAAAAGCUUUUACAAGAAUAUGGGGUUGAAUAUUCUUUGGUUCCUCCUUCUGGCCCUCAUGGUAUGCUUCUAAAAGGUGAUGUGUUGAAUUUUAUUAAAAUAAAUAAACUCAAGCGUGGAGACCUUGCACCUGAAAAAUCAGAAGUGAGUAAAAUACCUGAUGUCACAUUCAUUGAAAAGGGGGCUUAUAUUGAUAUUCCUCUUACAUCUAUGAGGAAAACUAUAGCAAAGCGAUUAACAGAAUCAAAAACUACUAUACCACAUGCUUAUAUAAACAUUGACUGUAAUGUUAGUAAAGUUUUAGAUUACAGAAAGAUUUUUAAGAAAGAUAAUAUAAAUGUGACUGUUAAUGAUUUUGUGAUAAAAAGUGCUGCUAUAGCUUUAAGUAAAAUACCAAAAGUUAAUGUCCAAUUUAUAAAUGACCAGGUUAGAUAUAUGCAGUCUGUUGAUAUAUCUGUAGCAGUUGCUACUGAAAAUGGACUUAUAACUCCUGUAAUAAGGAAUGCCAAUUUAUUGAGUAUUCAACAUAUAUCUGAGCAAGUAAGAGCUUUUGCAGCAAAAGCUAAAGCUGGAAAAUUGAUGCCAGAAGAAUACCAAGGGGGCUCAUUUACAAUUUCUAACCUGGGUAUGUUUGGAAUUUCGGAGUUUAGUGCAGUUAUUAAUCCUCCUCAAGGAGCUAUUUUAGCUGUUGGAACAAUUCGAAAUACACUAGAUGUAGAAGAUAUUGUGCCAAGAAUUUGUGUCACAUUAUCUUUUGAUAAUAGAGUAAUUAGUGAUGAUGAUGCUGGUGAGUUUUUGGAAUGCUUCAAAAAGCACUUUGAAAACCCAAUAAAUAUUGUUGUGUGAUAAAGUA